AUGGGUGCUGAUGAUAAUACAGGCAUUUGUGGUUUCCUGUGGCCAACAUGCUCUCGUCUAUUACGAUGCAAUUCCUCAGACAAUUCCUGUCUUCAAUCGAAUACUAUUUGUGUCCAACAUCCGCAAUGUGAAGAUUUUCCACUUUGCUAUCCGGUUACAAUGAUUGAUCAAAACAUGUGUCCACCAACGAAAAAUAAGAUCAAUCUUAAAUGGAAACAAAAUGCCACUACUGUGGCUGGUGGAAAUGGAUACGGAGAAUCAUUAAAUCAGCUCAAUCUCCCUUUUGGGGUCUUUCUUGAUAAAAACAAAAAUAUUUUCAUUGCUGAGUAUUGGAAUGAUCGUGUUGUUGAAUGGAAACAUAAUGCAAAAGAAGGACAAAUCAUUGCAGGUGGGAAUGGACAAGGAAGUCGAAUAGAUCAAUUGAAUUAUCCAAGAAAUGUGAUUGUUGAUGUACAAAGUCAUUCGAUCAUCAUUGCUGAUGAAGGAAACAGACGAGUCAUUCAAUGGCUGAAUCAAGAUCAACAAGUUCUCAUUGACAAUAUUGACUGUUACGGCUUGGCAAUGGAUAAAUAUGGAUUUCUUUAUGUUUCUGAUCGUGAGAAGAAUGAAGUGAGACGAUGGAAAAUGGGAGAAUACAACAACGAAGGAAUUGUAGUGGCAGGUGGAAAUGGACAAGGAGAUAAACUCAAUCAACUCGAUUGGCCUACUUUUAUGUUUGUUGAUGAAGAUCAAUCUAUUUAUGUAUCAGAGAGACACAAUAAUCGUGUGACGAAAUGGAGAAAAGAUGCAAAAGAAGGAAGAGUUGUGGCUGGAGGAAAUGGUUAUGGAGAAAAUUUCGAUCAAUUGUCUCAUCCUUAUGGAGUCAUUGUUGAUGAUUUGGGUCAAAUCUAUGUGGCAGAUAGUGAAAAUGAUCGAGUAAUGCGUUGGUGUGAAGGAAAAGAAGAAGGUGAAAUUGUUGUUGGAGGAAAUGAGACAGGAGGAGACAAGAAAAGAGAAUAUUUUUAUGUUAAUGAACAACAAUGGAUUGAAAUUAAACAAAAUUAUUCACAUUUAUUUGAUAAAAUUAUUUAUUUAAAUGAUUCAUUUGAUUCAAUUUUUUUACAAUUAAAAUCUUUAGUUAAAGAUGUACAAAUUAAACCUAUGUAG